GGAUGGCAUCGGUUGAAGAAGAAUGGACAGGAUUCAAAGAAGAUGUCCCCGAAGGACCAGAACCAGCAGGGCCCAGCUCUCCCCGACUCUCCGAACCUGAAGACUCCCUCCUCCCAGGAACAGUCGGCCACCUCCCUUCCUUCCCCUCCGCCCCGCACGCCCUUUCCUCAGAAGCGCUCCAAGCGUUUAACCAAGCCCAAGAACGCGCCGGGGUAGUGUACAUCUCCCGUAUCCCCCCGGGGAUGCAGCCUGCCAAGGUCCGCCAUCUCCUGAGCGGGUAUGGUGAGGUGGGAAGGGUCUACCUCCAGCAGGAAGACCCGAAACGCGCGUAUUUGAGACGAAAGUACACGUCGACCAAGAAGGCGCAUUAUACGGAAGGAUGGGUCGAGUUCACCGACAAGAAGGUAGCGCGGGCUGUGGCGGAGCUGUUGAAUGCCCAGCCUUUGGGGGGCAAGAAAAGCUCGAGGUGGAGGGAUGAUGUUUGGACUAUGAAGUACUUGCCGAGGUUCAAGUGGGGGAUGUUGACCGAGCAGAUUGUGCAUGAGAGAGCAGUGCAUAGAGAUCGGUUAAGACAGGAACUGUCCCAGAGCAGGAUGGAGCAACGGGAGUACCUUAAGCAGGUCGAGCUCGCCCGAGUGCUCGACAAGCGCGCGGAGCGUAAACGGAAGCGGGCCGAGCUGGGGGAAGAGACUAGCACUGUUCAGAGAGUGGAGAAGCCGAGGAGGGAGAGGGAGAAGA